AUGCCACGCCUGACAAUUAAACGGUCGAUUGACCCCUGCAAAGGUGAGAUUGUCAAAGAAACAAUCACAGCACUGAACCACAACAAGACAUUUGUCAUUUCUUCAUAUCAUGAUAACAGGGAACAAAAUGUAACUAGGGUAAUUGCGGCAGUGCGCUACAAGAAGGUACAAGACCUUUAUUGCUGGUUUUGCUGUAGCCAUGGUGGCCUUAUCUCCAUAGUUAGGGCAACUGUAGACAUUCACCCAGAGAGGCUUGAAUUUCCUGUUGGUACAGCAGAUAUAGUGUGCUUGGAACCCAAAGACUGCUCUCCAAAAUAUGUGUCAAUUCAUAUGUCACCUGGAGGCAAAGUUGACGAGCUACCAAGAUUUGAAAUUAAAAACCGUGUGCCCAGGGAUUCCUUUUCCGCUGAAUUCACUCUUUGUCUUUCGGUGAUGUUUGGAAACUACAACAACGUCUUACAGUUCAUACAAAGCAUAGAAAUGUAUAAAAUCCUUGGUGCGCAGAAGGCAUUGAUCUACGUAUACAACUGCAGUCAACUGAUGGAGCAAGUCUUGAACUAUUACGUUGCAGAAGGCACUAUUGAGGUCAUACCCUGGCCAAUUACUUCAUAUGUUAAUAUAUCUUCUUUUUGGUACUCUUAUCAGGAUUGGCGCUAUGGGAAAAGCACAGUCCUACAUGACUGCGUCUAUCGCAACAUGUACAAAAGCAAGUAUGUGGUUCUUAAUGACAUUGAUGAAAUUAUCCUACCCAUGAAACAUCUGACUUGGAAGUCAAUGAUAAACAGCCUUAAAGAUGCAAAUCCAGAAAUGGAUAUCUUCUUUUUUGAGGAUCAUUUCUUUCCCCAGAGUGUACUUUCCUCUGUGGAUGUAGUCAACAUUCCAUUCUGGAAAAUUGUCCCAGGAACUAACAUACUGAGGCAUAUUUACAGAGAGCCCAAUAAAUUGUGGAUCAAUAAUUUUAGGAAAAUGAUUGUUAAUCCAAGGAAAGUUGUUCAGACUUCAGACCACUCCAUUCUCAAGAGUUAUAGCAGAACACUGAAAGUUCCCAGCGACGCUGCAAUUCUUUACAUUUGCAGAGAACACAAUGAAAAAGAAAUCCCUGAAAAAUAUCUCAUUAGGGACACAGCAAUAUGGAGGUUCAAUGUGUCUUUGACUGACAAAGUUAAUGAAGCACUUAAAAAACAAUUCCUUAGAAAGAGGAAUAAAUUCUUGGGAAGCAUUGCAAAUCUCUUUUGA